AAACCGAAGCCGCUCAUCAAAAAUGGUUGCGAUGCGGUGCGGUGCGGUCGUUAUCAGUUCAAAUGAAAAUUUGAUUUUUCCUAGAUCAAAAAAGUGCAUCAAAAGUGAUUUUGUUAGUGCAUCAAUAAGUUUUGGCUUUCCCGCUUAGUAUUGUUCGAUUUCCGACAGUGCAACAAGUGUAAAAUAUCAGUGAAAGACGUGUUUUGGAUUCCGUUUUUUUCGCCGACAGUGAAGCAAUAUAAAAUUGAAACCAAUGAAAAUGUGGCACGAAGCACGUAAACAGGAAAAGAAGAUCCGGGGAAUGCUGGUGGAUUACCGGAAGCGGGCGGAACGACGGCAGGAUUUUUACGAGCGAAUAAAAGCCGAUCCAACGCAGUUUCUCCAAGUUCAUGGUCGCAAAUGCAAGGUCCAUUUAGAUGCCAGCGUGGCCGCAGCUGCCGAGAAUCCAGCCAUCAUGAUGCCGUGGCAAGGUCAGAAAGAUAAUUUGAUUGAUCGGUUUGACGUGAGGGCCCAUCUGGAUUACAUUCCUACCUUGACCGUGAAACCGGACCAACCGGUGGAAGAUGAUGUGCUGGAUAUGGAGGAACGAUCCAUGAAUUACGAGCGGUAUCGCGUUCUUGCACAGAACGAGUUUCUCGGAAUUAGCGAAGAUAAAUUUCUGCAUCAGUUACACUUGGAAGAACAAUUCGGAGUGAAUGCGCAAGUCGAGGCUGAACAGAAAGCUUCCUCGUCAAAGAAAAAGCCAUCCGGUGGAGUUGCAAUAGGAUAUACCUAUGAGGACAGCGAUUCCACUGGUGUGGUCCCUUUCAGUCAAACAAUCACGGCUAUUGAGCAAUCGACCGCUACCUCAAAGUAUGAUGAAUGCAUGAAGAGUGACUCCGAUUCUGAUCUGGAUAUGGACGUAUCCAUAGACAUCAACAAAGUGGGUAACGCACAGGCUCACGAGAUGAAUGCAUGCGGAAGGCAUUAUGGAAUGAAAAGUAAUGACUUCUAUUCAUAUCUCACAAAAGAUGCCGACGAGGCGGAAGCGCUUAAAAUGGCAAGAGAAGAAGAGCAGGAAAAAAUUAUGUUCAGCGGGCGAAAGAGUAGAAGGGAGCGACGGGCACAACGGGAGAGGAAAUUUGCUGGAAGGCCGACCAGUCCUCCAAGCUAUGCUGCAAAAGAAGAACUAGUUCCGAGGACCUACGACGAUCCUAACGACAGCUCACGGUCACCAUCACCCGUCAACUCAGGAAAAAUCACUUACAUUACCUCUUUCGGUGGAGAAGAUGAGCUCCAACCACACUCUAAAAUAUCCAUUAGCUUUAAGAAAGACAGUCAAGGCGAAGCCAGCACCUCGAAAGGGAGUUCCUAUGCCCAAAAAGUGAAACAAAACUUAGAGAAACUUAAAAGCAUUAGUUCCAAAGAAGAAGAACACAAAAAGCCCGCUCAAUACCAGAGACGAUCGAGAAGUUACAGCGAUCGAAGUAGAAGCCGCAGUCGAAGUAAUUCCAGAACUUGGCGACGAAGAAAAUCCCGCAGUCGUUCGAGAGAGAAACGAACCUAUUCCAAAUACAAGCGGCGCUCUAGAUCUAGUUCGCGUUCCUCACGCUCCCGAGGGCAUCGAACCGAUCGCCGCCGGAGAAAAACUCGAUCACCUUCCUCAUCGUCUUCGCCGCCUGCUCGUAAAGCAACCCGCAAACCUUCCAGUUCGGAUUCCGAUUCCUCGCAAGGCGGUCAACCGAAGCCCAAAGCAGUUGCUUCUCAGCCAGAACGAAAAUUACAAAUCAAAACGGAACCUCCGGAAAAACCCUUAGCUGCUAUACCUCCGCCAGGUACUGUUACAUCUCUUCCUCCAACACUCGCGACCAUUUCCCAGAACACACCGAUACCCGUUGUGACGGUGAAGAAAGAAGCAACACCACCCAAAGUGCCUGUGCUGAUUGAACCGGAACCGGAGGUGCCGAUCCGGCGGUACUACGGCCGCAAACGUGAUGACCAAAGCUCGAGCGACAGUGAUCUAUCGACGGGUAGCUCCGACGAUGAGCAGCAGACAAAAGGCGGCGAUCCGACUGCGGCGGAAUCGUGUAGCAUUUUACCCCCAACGGAGGCAACGGGUAGCCUCCUUCCCGGAGGAAUAAUAAUUAAGCAGGAAAAGCUCGAAAGUGGUCCAGUUGGUGCCGCUUCCACAUCAUCAUCAUCGUCAAGGUUUGGUGGUGGUAGCUCAGUGGUCGACACAUCCGAGUCCAAAGCUUUGGUUUCGUCUUCCAUCGGUGCAUCAAAGUCACUUAAUCCUAGAGAUAGAUUAAAGCGGAAAAUGCAGAUUCUACUCAACAAGCAAUUUAAAGCAGAUAAAAAGGCUGAAAUCGAGAAGGUUGAACGUCAAAUUCAACAACAGCAAGAACGGGAGGAUGAAAUGCGAGAAUUGGCGCUCAAAUUGCGUCGAAGGCAACGUGAAUUACGCCACAAGUACGGUUCGCCGGAAAGUGAAAAGAGCCCGUCCAAAUCGGUAGAAAGCUCCGACGAUGAAAAACAGAAGGAGUCUCGAUUACCGCCGGUGAAGGAACCGACUCCACCGCCAAAAGUUCCACCUUCGUCAUCAACGACGUCGAGUUUCAGCACCAGUGCCGUUAUCGAACGGAAGCCCAUGCUUCGGCGGUUCGCACAAGCAGAGGCUUCCCGAUCACCGAGUACGACCCGAUCGACGCGUCGACGUUCCCGAAGUCGUAGCCGAUCAACGGCCGGUAGUCGUAGUAUGGCACAAGCUCCUAGCACAAGCCGACGGUAUGACGAACGUCACCGGCGACAUAGUCCAACUGCACCGGCAACGAGAUCGCGAUACCGGUCUCGAUCCAGGUCCCAGGAAAAGUUCCGUGACCGUGAUCGGGAUCGCGAUCGCGAUCGUGGUCGUUACGGAGGAAAACCUUCCCGGGAUUAUGGAAGGGGCGAGGGCAGUCGUCAUUAUCGACGUAGAUCGCGCUCGGCUUCUCGGGAACGUCGUCGAUCCCGCUCCAGGACGCGAAGAUCGAGGUCGAAGUCCAGAAGUAAAACCAGUGCCGGUAAUAAUCGCAGGGAUAGAUCACCUAAGAUAGUGAAGAAGUUGGUUGACUAUUGAUACAGACUAGUGUUUUUCUAUCGUUCAUUUGUUCUAUAUACCACCAUUUCAAUCCGUUUCAUUUUCAUAUUGCCAUAUGACCAGAACGCUUCAAUCGCUUCAAGUUAUUAUCUGUUGAACACUUUUUAAAAAACGUGUACUUCGUAAUAUAUUUAAAAUGAGGUGCACCAUGAGUUGCGUAAGUGAUUCGGCUAUUGUGCAUAAAUAUAUCUGCAUUAUUUUUCAGGAAUAAA